AUGAGUGAUGACGAAGAAUCACAGACUCCUUCCGCUGAAAAGAAGGCCAGUCUAGAACCAACCAUCAGCGUUAAUGUAGGCGAGAGCGACAACCUCGGAAGCUUGCACCAGUCCUUUACUCCAAGACAGGUCCAUGUCAUCUCCUUAGGUUACAACACCGACAGUGGAUUGUUUAUUGGCACCGGCAAGGCACUCGCAAAUGGAGGCCCUGGGAACAUGAUCCUCGCAUACCUCGCCGUUUGCCUUGGUGUCUGGGCUCACCUACAGACUCUCGCAGAGAUAACCAUCGCUUUUCCAACGUCCGGUAACUAUAUCGACUAUGCUGAUCGAUGGGUCGACCCGGCCCUGGCUUUCGGUGCAGGGCUUGCUGAAUGGCUCGGAUGGACGGCUGUGUUUGUAUCGGAAGGAACCUUUUUUGUCGUUCUAGUUGACUACUCGGCAAAAGGUUCUGUGCCAGAAGCUGUUCUACUAUCCAUUUUUGUUGCGAUAUGCCUCGUGGUAUUCUCGGUUCCAAACCAAUACUUUGCCUGGCUUCAGUACAUCGGAUCAUUGGUCAAAGUAUUUCUGUUCAUUUUCAACACCCUCAUCUCUCUGGCCUUAAUCGGAGGUGCCGGACCCAGUGGUUCUGUCACCGAUGGAAGCGUAUGGACUAAGCGUAUGGACUGA